AUGAAUGUUGUUCAAUCACAGGUUUUCGAGUCGCUAAAGGCCAGACUUGAACAAAAUCGACGAAAUCCGAACGUUCCCGCCCUCGAAGAGCGUUCUCAAGGUGGUUCAGGUAAAAUUUGGAUUGCUUUUGGUGGCUGUAAUGAAGUAUGUGGAUGAAUUUUUGAUUUAAAAUUGUUUUUGAGUGUUUUAUUGGCUUAGGACCACAAAAAAUAGAUGGUUUAUAUUAAUUUUGCCUAAAAUUUUUGGGUUGUGGGAGAAAAUGCAUUUUUUUUAGAAAAUUUCAAAUUUAUUUAGUCCGUAAUACUUAAGAUUAUGAGAUUUCAGACCCCGCAGUUGCUCAAUCUAACCGCCGAGACAAGCGUUUCCUCAAGAAGCUCAAGUUUUCUUCGGUUAAAGUUUUCAUUGCCACCAAGCUCUCGAAGGCCUUCAAAAACACGUUCAAACCGGCGAUAAAGGCCCGACAAGCUGCCGGAAUGUCCUCGCAAUACAACACACUCAUCGUGCACAGUAAGAAAAAUGAUUUUUCAAGUCAAAAAUCAUUUUUUGACUUGAGUUUUACCGAUUUUUUGGAGGAAAUUUAGAAAAUUUGGAAGUUAAAAAAUAAAUUAACAUUUUUGCCAAAAAUACGAAAAAAAUAAAAUAAUUUUACAGUAAUCCGAGUGCGAGAUGUUCCAACGAAGAACGGCAGAGCCUUGGAUUCGUAUUGCUCAUUGAAUUUGAUCGGCCACAGCAAGUUUCGCGCCAAGGUCGACACCAACACGACUCGAUUGGAAAAUGGAGUUUGCGACUGGAAUGAGCAUCUUGAAUUGUGAGUAAAUCAAUUUUACAGCAGCUACACACCUUUGUUGUGAUAUUUGUAAUCAUUUGGCUUAACUACGAACCGAUUUUUUUAGUGAAAAAUCAAUUUUUUGCCAUUUCCACCAGGACUGUCUAGUAUAAUAUAAAAAAUCUUGCGGAUUUCAGCAAUGUGAACGAAACCUUCAGCGAAUUGUUGAUUAACAUCAAGUACAAGGCCAAAUUAGGUAAUGCUGAGACGUUGGCGACCAAAAGUUUUCGACUCGCGGACAUGCCAAAAACGCAAUCGGCCAAGUGGUAUGAUCUCCAUAAAAAAGGCAAAGAAGACAUGUUGCGAGGGCAAAUCUUGAUGUCCUAUGAAUUCAGCAAUCAAUUUAACACCUCCAUCUCGCAGUUCUCGCUGAAUGAAAUUGAAAAAGGCAGGUUUUUUGAGAUUUUUGGGGAAUUUUUGGGUAAUACUUGAAAAUUUCUGCGCCGAAAUUGAUUUUUCGCUUUUUUCUGUUAAAACAGGGUUUUUGUUUUCUUGGCAAGUGUUGUUUUAUUACUUGAGAUUUCUCAAGAACCCUGAAUUUCAAUUAGCCUUUCUCUAAACUGGCCAAAAGUCUUGAUUUUUUCGAAAAUUUCCUCCCAAAGGCCAAGAAGUAUUUGCAUUUCUUUUAUUCGAUUGAUAUUCGAAUAAAAAUUGAUUCGAUUAUAAAAAAUCGCCUUUGCAGAGAAUAAAAUGGACAAAUUCAAGCGCCACAUCCCAUUCCGCAACAAGAAGAAGGCCCAGUUGGACCGUGCGUCCAUGGCCUCGUACGCGAUCUCGAGGCGCUCUUCGAUCUGUUCAAAUUCGUCGGCCAUUGCGUUCUCACCAAUUGCCUCGCCACAUCCACAACAGGAACUACAGGUAGGAACGAGUUUGAGGGGAUUGACCGCUUUUUUGAGGGUUGUCAAGUUUUCGUGGUGAGACCCGAAGGCUUUAAAAAAAAGUGUAUAAAAUGGGUAUUUUUGGUGUUGAAAUUGUUGUUGAUGGGAUUUACCAAUAUUUUUAUUGAUUUCUGGCGAGUUCUGAAGAUUAAGAUGUUUUCGUGGCGGGACCUAGAGAAUUUUUUUUUAAAUUUUUUUAAGCGAAGGGAAUGAUAAAUGAGCAGUAGAAGUGCUGAAUAUAGCUUGAAAAUUGUAUACAGACUUUAGAUUGUUAGCGAUUUCUGACCAAUUUUUUGAUAUUUGAAGGUUUUCGUGGUGGGACCCAAAAAUUUUUUUCGAAUUUUAUUUCCCUAAUUUCAGUUUGAAUCCCCUCAAUCGACUCCAUCCGAUCCACACCCAGCUUUUGCGGACGUCCCAUUGAACCGGGAUGUCUCGGCCAGAAGCUCCGCCAUGCUCAGCGCCUUCCCCAACCCGAAAGAAGACACAAUAAGCCAGUAUUCGAUGAAUAUCGCCGAAGAGAAUGCGAAUCCCGACAGUGGAAAGAAGAAUUUUGCAACUAAAGUGAGUGGUUUUAGUGAAUUUGUGAGAGUGUUUAAUUUUGUCCAGUUUUCGUGGCGGGACCAGAAUUUUGGGAAUCUUGGUGGCUCUCGAAGCGAAAACUUUUGAGGUGGAGUGAAUAUGUUAUUUUGGGAAUUACUAAGCCCCUUUUGAUCUGUUGGAAAGUUUAGCCGGAGUUUUAAUUCGAAUUUUUAUUUAAUUUUUGGGUCCCACCACGAAAACCCUGAAAAUCAGGGAGGGCUUUAUAAAUUGGGGGAGUGGUAAAAUACGCUUUUUAUUCUACAGUAAUGGACCUGAUAGAGUGGAAAAAAAUUACCAUUUUGCAUCCGGGAAGUAUAAAAAGUGUGGCAAAAUGCUUCCGUCUCCAGAUGAAAAAAAAUCCGGUUUCAAAAGCGCGUCCGUUCUUUUUGUGAAGGCAAAUCCUUAAAAACGAAGUUUUUUCACUUGGAGAGGGGGGCAUUUUGCCACAUUUUUGAUGCUUCCCGCAUGCAAAAUGUUACGUUUUUGCCACUGAAUCAGGUCCGUCACUGCAGCACAAAAAUUUUUUUUAAAUUCCCUUUGAUUUUUCAGCUCCGGCAGAAGGCGGACAAGCUCCUAAAUCGCAACCACAACCGUCAAUCCGUCCUCUCCGUGGAUGACAACCUUGAUGAAGCGAAUUCGAAGCGCCAUUCCCGCGCCCAGAGUAUCGCGUCGUCCUCGGGAUUCGCCUCGAACGGAGGGCCCGGAAUUUUGGACGAUUUGAGCGACAACACUUCGAAGGAACACCUGCUGAAUGUGAUUAGACACUUGAGAAAAGAGCUACAACUAAAAGAGAAUAGAAUCAGAGAUCUGGAAGAAUAUACGGGAGGAUUGUUGUCCAGAAUUAUGGAAUCUAACCCAGACCUUCUGCAGGUACCACCGAUUAAAUGA